CUCUAUGUGCUGCAAUGCCCUUCUCUCUUCAAGAGCAAGUUGCUGCGGCAUCAGCUGGCCAGCUGCGUUUGGUAGACACGCUGGACCGCGGCCGGUGCUUGGAAGCCGUGGUGGACAUCACCGCUGGGCGCCGGUGGCGAGAUCUGCCGGUCGUGCCACACGGUUCCAGUCUGGGCAAGUACCUGAUUGAAGCCUGUGACAGUAAAGAUGCGGCCGAAAUCAUUUCCUCGGUGGAGUUCCUGGCGGCCUUGGAUUUCUUGGCGUCUCUGCUCUUUCAUCUUCGAGGUGAGUCGGAGGUGCUGAAUGCCAUGUAUUCGUUCGGUGAGCCAGAGAAGGUCUCAAUGAUCAGACGAUGGCAUCAGAAAUGGAGGUCCGACCUCACGGAAGACGUCGAAGGUGUCCCGGGUGUCACGGUGUCGCAGUUGGAAGAGGCUUGGCGACACGUCAUCCCAAAUUGGAGGCAGCUCAGCGUCUCGUGUCCGUGCCAACGGUGGGUGAAUGUGGAUGGGCUUGAGCUUCCUGCGCUAAGUCAUGACACCGUUUGUGGUCUUUGGCUCCAAAUGGCUCUCUGCGAGCAUUCCUGCGACCCAAAUUGCUGCCUUGUCCAUGACGGAAAUGAUCUUUGGUUCGUCGCCUUGAGGGACAUCAGUCAGGGGAGUCCCAUCACGACAUCCUACUUGAAUGUUGAGGGCUUGAUGAAGCCCACCCAUCUUCGACAGCAGGAGCUGCGAGAAGUUUGGGGCUUCGACUGUGCCUGCAGUCGUUGCAAGGAGGACAGGAUCCAGUUCCUUCCUCCCAAGCAGCUGCAGAGGCUGCUGAUUAGUUGCAGCCUACGACCGCCAGAUCUUCCAGAGGCGUCGGAGGGUGAGCGACAAGACUACUCUGACGAUGUGCAAAAAUUGCUGGAGCAGGUGAAGAAACUGCACGGCCCAAGUGUCCACUCUCCAGCUGAACAAGCGUUGCUGUUGAUGCAAAGCAUUUUUGCGCCAAAAGUGGGGCAUGAGGAUGCUUGCCGGCGGCACUGGGAAUCCUGCGUCAGCCUCUUUGGUGCUGAGUCUCCCCUGGCGAUUUGGGCCGAAGAACUCUGUCAAAGUCCACAGAGUUGUGCCGAACAUUUUGAAGCUGGAGGCGCCAACGAUCCUAGAGAUGUUCUCUUGGAGGCUUAUGCCAGAUACUUCGCGUCGAAGAAAUGGGCGAGGAAGAGAAGAGGCGGCGAGUUCAUCGCCUGCUCCAGCGGAAAAAGUGCCGCAUGCAUUGGGCGGUCCGUUCAGCUAGUCGAGAAUGUCGAGUCGCUUGCCACUUUUCAUGGCAAGGUGGCUGCUGCAGAGGUGAAUCGGGAUUUGGUUGCCGGCAGCUCUGCUCGAAUCCGCGGCCUUCGCUCCGCCGCGGAGCUGAACGGCCGGGUGGUGCAGCUGCAGAAGUUCGAUGAAGCGACGCAUAGAUGGAUUGUGAGCUUGCAAGAUGGCUCCGUGAAAUCCAUCCGCGCACAGAACUUGGAUCCAUUGGACAUGCCUUCAGCUUUCGAAGCGGCUCCAAGGCAUCGCCAGGCCAGGAGCGAACCGGUCCAACCGGUGGUCCAACCAGCGGCGCCCGAGACGGCGGAGUGCUUGGAUCGCGAGGAGUUGAAGAGAUUGGCCCAAGAAAUGCUGGCAAGUGCAGGCGAGCAAGCUUCUGAUGAGGUCUUAAACGCUUUGAACGUUGAGGAUUUGCUGGAGCUGGUCAAUACCUUACAGAUUGACAGUUCGGCUGUGGAGGAGGAUGUCACAGCAUCAGCUGGCUACCCGCCAGAUCAUCCGGUGCCCUGCGCCAGUUCCACGAGUUCCACGAGUUCCAGGCCGCCGCAAGCGCCGGAGACGGCGGAGCCGCGGCGCCAGGUCCAGUCGGAACGAGAAAGGCUGGAACUGGAAGAAGCUCGCUUGCAAUCGCUGGCAGAGGCACAAUCCCAACGGGCCAGAGAACUUGAGGCUCGCGAGGAAGCCUUGAGAGAAGCAGAGGAACGCUUAGAAAAACGGCGGGCAGAGGUUGAUGCAGCACGGGAAGAGCAAAAGGAGCCCGUGCCCGUGCGAAUUCCCUUCGUCCUUGAGAGCGACAUGUCUCCUGCCACGCAGGCGCUGGAGGAGGAGCGUGCUGAGCUCCAGCGAUUGCGGGAGGAGGUGGAAGCGGCUGCCAAAGAAAUGGAAGUCCAACAGCAGGCCGCCAAGCAACGAGCUGAAGAACGGGAACUUCAAUUCUUGGAGGAGCAGAUGCAGAUGGCAUCCACGUUGAAGGAGGAAGAGGCCCGAUUGGAGAUGCAACGCCGUAGCUUGGGUAUGCUCCAGCAGGCCCUUUUCAAAGGUGCCACAGCUUCUGCCCAGAAUGGCUACAUGGAGCAUUCCUUGAACGAUGAAGAUGCGCAGGAGCAUAGGGAACAAGGACCUGGACAGGCUGCCGGUGCAGGGAAAGUGUCCCUCGCUGAUGACAGCGAAGGUGACGAGGUUUGGGAUUUGGAUUGGAGCGCCGUCAGCGCGGCGCAGAAAGAUCAGAAAGCCUCAACCUCCUCGGAGCCGGCGAAGGGAGAGACAACAUGA